AUGCCGCCCAAGAGAUCAUACAUUGGAAGCGUUGAUCCCAGAGCGAAGCGAAUGAGAGAGACGAGGGAAGCGGAAACCCCCGACCAGCGUGCAAGGCGCCUCGAAAAUGAACGUGUGAGAAUGUCUGAGGCACGGGCGUCCGAAACAACGGAAGAACAUGAGGCGCGGCUUGAAGAAAAUCGUCGGAGAAACGCAGAACUAAGGGCUGCCGAGACACCUGAGCAACGUCGGGCAAGACUUGAAGAUAUUCGCCUGCGCGUCGCGGAACUAACAGCUGCGGAAACACCUGAGCAGCAUCAAGAAAGACUCGAACAGAACCGUAUACGAAUAGCGAACAUAAGAGCCUCAGAGACCCCUGAGGAUCGUCAGGGCAGAAAUGAAGAAAAUCGUCAACGAGUUGCUGCGUCUCGAGCCACAGAAACGCCGGAACAACGUCAGACAAGACUAGACGUUAAUUCUUCCAGACAAAGACAGCGCUUUAAAUUGAAGUGUAAGAAAAAUAAAGAAAUGUGCAACAACAUUGAAGAAAGAAAAAGAAGUCAGAUUGCAUUGCUAAAUAUAAUCCUAAUUCUCUAUGCUGCAUUAUAUGCCUUUCUUAAUAAUUUUCAAACAAAAUAG